AUGCCGGUGGGGUGCCCGCCUGAGUCACCUCAGAAGAAGUCGCAGGGGGAGCGAUCCCGGACGACGCGACGUCCCAACUGCCCAUCUAACCCUCGUCACUUCGGCGCCUCGUCGCCGUCCGCCAGCGCCGGGUCUCCCUCUCCUGUCGCGGUCGGGCGAGGCUUCCUCUCGCCCUCCUUACCAGUGGCGACGCCCCAGACCAGACCCCCCCUCUCCGCGGCGGCCAAGUCCACCCCGGCCUCCAUCUCCACCAUCGGCGACCUGAGGGGCCUCGCCGCGUCCAGCCUCGACUUGCUCAAGCGCCGCCUCGAUGCGCUCCACGCCGACGACGCCCGUGACCUCGAUGCCUCCCACUCCCGCAUCUCCAAGCGCAUCAAGAUGCACACGCAGAGCUGCCUGAAGAUGGAGGAGGAGGCGGAGAAGGAGCACAAGAAGAUGGUCGACAAGGUCUCACUGCAAGCCGACGAGAUGAAGGCAUCCUACAAGAAGUUGGUGACAGAGGUGCAGUCGUCUUUGUCUCGUGUGUGCAAGGUGACCUUACCUGAGAUAGGAAAGUCCAUGGCCAGAGCUCUCGAUGGCCUGCGCAGUCGCUACAACAUCCCAGCUACAACAACUUAGCAUACAGUUUUCUGCUACGUCUCUGAAUUGG